CAACAGAAUAGAGGUCCCCUUUCUGAACAGAAAAAAAAAGAUCUCCUCUCUGAGCUUUGACUCAUCCUCUGUCUCUCACACCCGGGGAAGAGAGGAACGGCCGAAGGGAGAUGGGCGGCUACGAGAACGGUGACUCGCCGGCGGCCGCCGCCUGGGAGGGCGGCGUGAUCCUGGGCGUGGACGGAGGCACCACCAGCACCGUCUGCGUCUGCCUGCCGGCCGCAAUGCCACCACCGGAGGCGCCCGGCUCCGUCGCCGUGCUCUCCCGCGCCAUCGCCGGCUGCUCCAACCGUAAUUCCGUCGGAGAAAACGCUGCACUGGAAACUCUAGAACAGGUCAUGAUGCAGGCCCUCACAAUGGCCAACACUGAUCGUUCUGCUGUUGUUGCAGUUUGCUUAUCUGUAUCUGGGGUGAACCAUCCUUCAGAUCAGCAGAGGAUGCUGGACUGGAUCUGCAACCUAUUCCCUCGCAAUGCCAAGUUUUAUGUGGAAAAUGAUGCGGUGGCGGCUUUAGCCAGUGGUACAAUGGGAAAGCUACAUGGCUGUGUAUUGAUUGCUGGCACAGGAAGCAUUGCUUAUGGGGUCACUGAAGAUGGAAAAGUAGCGAGAGCAGCUGGUGCCGGUCCUGUCUUAGGCGACUGGGGUAGUGGCUAUGGCAUUGCUGCACAGGCCCUCACAGCAGUAAUAAAAUCACAUGAUGGCCGUGGACCACAAACUAAUCUUACAAGAGAUAUCAUUAGGAAGCUUGAAAUUUCUUCACCAGAUGAGUUGAUUGGGUGGGCAUAUGCGGAUCCAUCUUGGGCCCGUAUUGCAGCUCUUGUACCUGUUGUGGUAUCUGCUGCUGAAGAUGGUGACAAAGUAGCAAACACGAUACUGCAUGAUGCAGUGCAAGAGUUGGCUGAAAGCGUUGUAGCUGUUGUUCGGCGCCUUACAUUGUGUGGUGAAGAUGGGAAGGACCAAUUUCCACUUGUAUUGGUUGGAGGUGUCCUCGAAGGAAAUAAGAAAUGGGACAUCAGUGGUGAGGUCAUAAAAUGCAUUUCCAAAGUAUUCCCAGGUGUCUGUCCUAUUCGGCCCGAGGUGGAACCUGCAAUUGGUGCGGCGUUGCUAGCUUGGAGCCAUCUUCGUAAAGAGUCAAAGCUGCAAAAUGGCAGCUGAUUCCUAGCAUUGGAGAAUGAUGAAUGUAAGUUGGACAGCCUAAGUUGGAUGGAUUGCAAAACUAACGUGCAUUCAUUCUGUAAAAAGAAAAGAAAGGCGCAUUCAUCAGCGCCAAUUCUGCUGAUGUGUAAAGAAUGAUGUGGCGUUAUAGUGUGCAUGGGGAGGAUAUUAUGUGAUUGUACAAUUAUGAUGUAAAGUUGUAGGCAAAGAAAUGACCGCUGGAUCUUGAUUCUUGUUC